CAGAUUUUAAAAACUGAGGCAGGAGAGCAGCUGGAGUUUCUGCAAGAGAGGAGGCGCAUCAAGCUUAGCGGAAAAAAACUGGCACAGUCGGUGGGGCAAGCGUGGAAAAACACACUUGACGAGCCGUAUGCUUUUUUUUCCUCUUUUAAAUCAGUCCGUCCUUCUUUUCCACCCGAAUUGUACAACUUGGCUCCCGCAGCUCGGGAAGUAAACAAGCAGAGAUCCAGUUGAGUCCUGUUUGGAGCGCUGCGAUGGAGCUGUCAUCUAUUGGAGAGCAAGUGUUCGCUGUGGAGUCAAUUACGAAGAAGAGAAUCAGAAAGGGUCAUGUGGAGUAUCUACUGAAAUGGCAGGGAUGGCCCCCAGAGAACAGCACUUGGGAACCAGAGGACAACAUUUUGGACCCUCUCUUGGUCAUGGCUUACGAAGCGAAUCAGGAGAAGCUCAGGUCUCUGAGCUUUCGAAAGAAAGGUCUCAGACCCAGAAAGCUGGUGCUGCGGAACAUCUUUGGUAUGGACCUCCGGAGCGCCCACAAGGAUGAUGAGAAGCCACCGCCCCGCCUGCGCCUGUCCCUCACCAGAUCCAUGAGCACGGACGUGGAGCAGGCGUGUCGGCGCCAAGCCAGGAGGAGGAGCAGACAAAGAGUGACCAAAGUCUACUCAAAACACUCAAAGUCCUUCCAUGGGCAAAAGAUGAAGUUGGGGCUGAUGGAGAAGGAUUGGGGCGGGACCAGUGAGGAGGAGAAGAAUGGAUGUGACAGCAACACUGAAGAAAGAUGUGGAGACAGCUUAUAUGGUCAGUCAGAGUGCAGCUCUACUCCGUUCCUGGAGGAGGAGGACAUGGACAUGGAGGAGGAGGAGAAGAAUGUUAGCCCAGAUCUGUGGCCCAAUGGAGUAAUCUUUGCUACCAUUCCAAAUCACACAAAUGCGCUGGAGCAAUCAAAAGACAACACCUUGGCAUCUGAGGCCAAACCAGAAGGUUUGGUCCCCCCGAGUGGCAGGUCACACUCGGCAGAGGCCAAAGGUGUGGAGGCCUGUUCAGAGCCUCCAAAGGAGGAGAAGAAGAAUGCAACCUCAGUGAUAGUGAGGUUCCAGGGGUCCGGCAAGACGGCGGGCGAAGCCGUCUCUGUCCCCCACGAAUCUGAGCUGAAGAAGAAUGAAGCGAGAAGCGACAAUCAGAGCGUCAUCGUUACAGCCUCCGAGCGUCCCAAAGGUCCAACCGAAGCGCCACGUCCGGGGAAGGUGAUUGUGACGAACGUGACGGUGAACUCUUUGACGGUGACUUUUAAGGAAGCAACCGGGGCAGAGGGUUUCUUCAACGGCUUCUAAACAAAGAGAAUGAAAUGAGGAGAGGGAUCAACAUAACCCAUAGUUAGACUUGCCGCUCAUGGUGAAGUACAUAACGCAAGAUUAUAGUGUCUGUGAGGUCAUUCCACAUGAUUUUAAAUGAGUUCUGUAAGACAUCAUUGCCUUGGAAUAAAAGUUAGUGGUGAUUUUAUUAUUAUAGUGGCUCAUUUAUUAUGUGUGACAGGAAAUGAUGCACUGCAGUCCAGCAGAUUAGACCGAUCUUGGUGGCAGAGGUCAUCCCUAUAUUAGCUGGGUUUACCCCACAGCAGGAGAAGGCAGCCUAAAAGAAAAACCCACGUUUACAAACCAACUUUGAUGCAGCUACUGUUCUAGUGCUUUCCAGCAAGACCUAAUUCAGGCCUGUUUGCAGUCCACUUUUUUUAACGAGGUAAAAGAAAAAAACUAUUUUUUUUGUAAACGUCGCUCUCUAUCUGGCACAGAGCUACCCGCAUGCCCCAUCAGUCUGCGCCGCAUACGCACGCAGCUCUCCGCCGUGCUUUGUCGGAAGGGGUUUAUUUCUGUAACAAAAGAAGAGAUCCAACAAAAGAUGCCGGAUUAUAUUGCCUCGCGCUCAUACUGGAGCCGUGCAUCUAAAGGAGGUCGGAGACACAAAAGGAAACGCACGGUCGUGUUUGCUGUCUUUUCGUCCUUUAACUUUCUAAGUUUGAAAUGCUACCUGGUUCUAUUUUUGUAUUACCAAUUGAUAGUCCGCUCUUUUCACUGGCUUUUGUGCAUAACAAAAGAGGAGGUAUCAAUUUAGGACGUUGCUUCUGAGCUGCGUAGGGUGAUGUACAAAUGGAAGCAAAUGUACUUUCAGUCAAACUGUAGUUGGCUAUUAUUUAUUGCAUGUCACUUGUAUAAACUAAACUAAUUUAUGUCUCUUGAUAUGUCUUGAUCUUUCUCUCUUUAACAAAGAUGGAUUGUCAAACAUGUCUUCUCCCUCUCCUAAAAAAAUUUCUAUUUGUCUGCAUUUUCAAUA